ACUUUACUAACGAACGAUGGGACACCAGCAAAAAGAAAGAACCGACGACCGAAAAGAAUGGCCGGUAACUUCCUUAACAAAGGGGUAACUUAGCACUGAAGAAGUCAAGAGAGUGUUUCUGUUUUUCUCAUUUGCUGCUCCCAGGCUCUUUCCCUAGCAAUGUCUAUAAAUAUUACUCAAUUCUCAUGAAAACAGCAUUCUUACUCGAUCACUCCUCACCUUAACUUUUACACUGUCUUUUGCUUUCAAUUCCUUCAAAGUUCUUUCUGUUGUGUCACAUAACCUCACUAGAAAAUGGGAGAAGGAACCUUUCGCUUUGGCCUUGAUCAUGCCACUCCAAAACCCGAGCCAAACGAGGCCAAACAUGUUGCACCCAUUGUGUCCUCUUACAACGAGCGCAUACGUCCUGUUCUUGAUGCUGUCGAGAACCUGAGGCGCCUCAACAUCACCAAAGAAGGGAUACAGCUUCCAACCAUAGUUGUUGUUGGUGACCAGUCUUCUGGCAAAUCCAGUGUCCUAGAAUCUCUGGCUGGAAUCAGCUUACCCCGUGGACAAGGUAUCUGCACAAGGGUUCCCUUGAUCAUGAGGCUCCAAAACCACUCACUUCCCAAACCCGAGUUGGUGCUAGAGUAUAAUGCCAAAAUCGUGUCCACAGAUGAGGCUCAAGUCUCUGAUGCUAUCCGAGUUGCCACGGAUGAGCUUGCAGGGGGUGGGAAAGGAAUUUCCAACACCCCAUUAACUCUUGUGGUGAAGAAGGACGGUGUUCCUGAUCUCACUAUGGUUGAUCUUCCAGGCAUCACUCGCGUGCCAGUUCAUGGUCAACCUGAGGAUAUAUAUGACCAGAUUAAGGAUAUAAUUAUGGAGUAUAUAAGGCCUGAAGAGAGCAUCAUUCUCAAUGUUUUAUCUGCCACUGUUGAUUUCUCUACUUGUGAGUCCAUUAGGAUGUCACAAGGUGUUGACAAAACCGGUGAGAGGACUCUUGCUGUGGUCACAAAAGCUGAUAAGGCUCCUGAGGGCUUGCAUGAGAAGGUAACUGCUGAUGAUGUCAACAUUGGACUUGGCUAUGUUUGUGUCAGAAAUCGCAUUGGGGAUGAGUCCUAUGAAGAUGCUCGAGCAGAAGAAGUCAACCUAUUCAGGACUCAUACACUUUUGUCCAAAAUAGACAAGUCCAUUGUGGGGGUUCCAGUUUUGGCACAAAAGCUGGUUCAACUUCAAGCGGCUAGUAUUUCCAAAAUACUGCCUGAAAUUGUUAAGAAGAUCAACGACAAGCUCGGUUCUCAGCUUUCUGAGCUGGACAAAUUCCCCAGGAAACUUACUUCUGUGCCUAAUGCAAUGUCUGCUUUCAUGCAUAUCAUUGGGUUGGCAAAAGAGUCACUGAGGAAGAUUCUUCUCAGAGGAGAAUUUGAUGAGUACCCUGAUGACAAGCACAUGCAUUGCACUGCUCGCCUUGUUGAUAUGCUGGAUCAGUACUCAAAUGAUCUUUACAAGGGUCCUGAAAGUGAUGCUGGUGAGAAGUUUUUGAUGGAAGAAAUUAAGGUUCUAGAAGAAGCCAAGUGGAUUGGGCUCCCAAACUUCAUGCCACGCAGUGCUUUUCUUACCCUCUUACAGAAUAAAGUGAGAGCAAUUUCAAGCAUGCCAAUUGAGUUCACAGUCAAGGUGUGGGACUAUCUUGAGGAAGUGGUGGUUGCUGUUCUGAAGCGUCACUCAGAACACUACCACCAACUUCAGACAAGUACAAAACGAGCAGGGAAGAACCUCAUUGCUAAGAUGAAGGAGAAUUCUAUGAAAUAUGUGAUGGAGGUUGUGGAAAUGGAAAAGCUAACUGAUUACACUAGUAAUCCUGAAUACAUGAGUGAGUAUAACGAGCUAAUGGCCAACCAGGAUGAAUUCGUGGAGAAAGUUAAUACAGGCAACUAUCAUGAAGUUGCCCUCGAUGGUUUUGAGCAGGCGAUUAAGGUUGGUCAUCUGAGUCAGUACUCAACUUUACUUCCGCAGGCAUUUGACUUGAAAAUGAGACUGAGAGCAUACUGGAAGAUUGUGCUUCGGAGGCUGAUCGACGGCACUGCCCUGCAUCUGCAACUCAGCAUUUUCAACCUUGUUGACAAGGAUCUGGGAGAUGAGAUUGUGAAGGAUAUGAUGUCUCCAUAUGCAGGUGGAAUUGAGAAGUUGUUGGAGGAAGCUCCUUCAGUUUCAAUGAAGCGUGACAAACUCAAUAGGAGCAUUAAAGUUCUGAGAGAAAGCAAAGAAGUCGUGGCUAACAUAAUGGACAAAAUUUCUAGCUAUGAUGAUUAGAGCUCAGAAUCUACCUUUUUUUUUCUCUUCAUGUUUCUGUGAUUUUGCUAAUUAUGCUGCAGCUAUCUAAGGUUAAGCUAGUGGGUGUUAUAUAUAAAUAUAUAUGGUACUAGACUACUAGUCCUCUAAUAUCAUCAUAGGUGGUUUUAAGGCCCGGUCCGCUGCCUUGUCCAUUCUCAGUUUUCUGUUUUCUGUUUUCUGUUUUAGAAUGUAUUUUGGAAAUGAAAUAUGUUCCACAAAAAUUCCUGUUU